GAGAGAGAGAGAGAGAGAGAGAGAGAGAGAUGAGCUAUGUGUUGAGGACGCUGACGAAGAAGAGGGAAGUGGACGAAUUAAUCAGAGACACCAUCGACAAGGUCCUCGUCCUCCGCUUUGGCCGAUCGUCCGACCUCCUCUGUCUCCAGCUCGACGACAUCCUUUCCAAAGCAGCACGGGAGGUGUCAAAAUUUGCAACUGUAGCAUUAGUAGAUGUUGAUUCAGAAGACAUUCAAGUUUAUGUCAAGUACUUUGAUGUCACUCUCACACCUGCAACAGUUUUUUUCUUCAACGCUCAUCACAUGAAGAUGGAUUCAGGGAGUGCAGAUCACACUAAAUGGGUGGGUGCAUUUCAUGGAAAACAGGACUUCAUUGAUGUCGUCGAGGCAAUAUUUAGAGGUGCUAUGAAAGGCAAGUUGAUUGUGAGUUGUCCACUGCCUCCUGAGCGAAUACCCAAAUUCCAGUUGUUGUACAAAGACCUGUAAAGCGAAUUAUGGCUUUUAUCCUGAUUCAGAUCUUAGGAUACAGUGUAUAAUAAUUUGUAACUACCACAUUUAAAGAACCCCUACACAUUUGCAUAGAAUUGACAUGUAACUGAAAAUUUUGAUGGACUAUUCCUAAAUUCCACUAUUUGGAAUAUCAGCUGAUGUACUAUAAAUUGACCGUUUGAAAUUAACUAUUUUGAUUUCUAGAGCA